CACAAUAUCCUCGUUCCUCAUCCAGGACAUUUUGAACUUGGAGGUCGAUAUUCAGUUGGUGUUCGACUCGGGACCAAUGUUGCUGGCAGUGAGCUUGUACUUCCGAGGAUUCGCCAUCUGGCUCGUGAACCUUGUGGAGUUCGGGACGGUCUUGAACGCCUUUUGCAAGUCUUAUCAUAAGAGGUCCAAGCAGGAGAGGCAGCAGAAGAAACGAGAGAAGAAGGAAAGAGCUGAGCAGUUUCACCAGGAAGCCUCCCAAGCAGGAAGAAGAGCUGUCGCAGGAGCAGGAGCAGGUGGCGCAGCAGCAGUGACCGACUCGGCCUACGGGAACAACGUCCUUAAACAAGGAGUGACCCAGUACCAUGGAAAUGCGCCGCCAUACGUCGCCGAUGGCCAUGUCAACCCGGCCUUUGACCCUGACCAUCCGCCGGUGUAUCCCAACCAGCCUGCGCCCGCGCCGAGAGAGCUGCCGAAGGUGCCGACGGAGCUUCGCCCCUUCUCGUACCUCAACCCGGGCUUCCGGCCCACGCACCCGCACGACGUGGACGGUAUGAAGGCGGGCGCCCUGGCGCAGGUCGAACGCGGUUACCUCUCUGACGACGGGGAUCCCUUCAGAGGUCCUCGGAGGGCCCCCUCAUAUCGCCCCGAUGCGCCGCCCUCGGACAACUUCCCCAAACGCCACGAUUCGCUGAGGAGCUUGCCAGUCCAGCAGGACCCUCGCCCGCUUCGCCGCUACGCCUCCAGUCGCGACCCUGGCCGCCCCGGCCUCGGGAACAGCCCUGCACACGACCCGCGACCACCAACCCUACUGCCACGGGUAAAUCUAAAUGCGGGACCCCCACCCAUGAGAAGUUUUGAAAGCCACCCCCCUCGAAACCAUGGACCCUCUACUAGGAGAAUGGACGAUGUUAUUUACUUUUAGUGUCAGAGCAACGGAACAACAGAACACCUGAACGCAUCCAAACAGGGUUUUUGUGUGGGUGUAGUCAUCAGUAACUCUGAUUGAAUGGUGUUGUCCGUUUUAUUUUUUAAAUUUUAUUCCCUUUCUGUGUAGGUGGAAGAAUGUUAUCAUAGCCCAUUUUUUCUUUUUUUUUUUCCUUAUUGUAAAAAAAUGUUUUUAAGUCUGAUGGGAUAUAGUGUUUUACGUCCAUAUGAAAUGUUGAUUCUUUAAACUGUAUUUAAGAUGAACAUAAACACACAUACAAGUAUACAUAAUAUAACACACACACACACACACACACACACACACACACACACACACACACACACACACAC